AUGGUAGGUUUUUCCAUAAAAAACCAAAUGGAGUUGAAGAAUGAAGAAAAUCGGGCUGGGAUAUCAGCCCAAACGUCGGUGGGAGGCGCAGUUGCUACCACCGGCGGGCGCGGUGAUUUUAUAAGCCGCGUCGCCAGUGACUGCACCUCUGCUGGGAUCGGAGCAGGUUCCAGUAGUUGUACUACUACUGCCAAACAACAGCGCAGUGAUGCCAAAGUUCCUGUAGACUUGGGUCACAAAGGCGCAAUUUCAAAAAAUAAAAAUACAAUGCAACGCAGUGAUGCCAUAGUCCCUGUAGACUCGGAUCACGAGAGCGUUGCUAGUGUCAACACAAUUGAGGAGGAAGCUCUUCUUCGUUCUCCGGGGGAAGCUGCUAAGGCCAUUCGUAGGCCUAGGGCUGAACCAAAUAAGGAGGGGUUGAAAGCCAAAUCCAGAUAUAAGGCUGCGAUAAAACUCUGUGCUCGCCUCGGAGACCGGAAUGAUCUGUCGAAGGAGGAGAAAGACAGGCUAGUCUGGGCAAAAGAGGAGAUAGAGAAAGGUCGAGCCUUUUUCGCAGGUAAAAGAUGGUGUGAACCCUCGGAUUCCAAAUUUGCAAAUCGAAUCGAGGAAGAUAUGGCAUGUAAAAGGCAGCGCUCAACUGAAAGCGAAGGUCCUUUUGGAAAGAGACAAAAGCGUAAAGAUGAGGCUGCCCCUCAACAUAAAACUGCUACGAAAAGGACGAAAACCGAUACUACUAAAAGGCCGGAAGCGUCCACAUCUAAAGCAGCGACAGCAACAAAAAAGACGAAAGCCAAUGAUCCAAAAGAACAGGAAGCGUCUACAUCUAAACUAACAAUGGCGGAGAUAGUGGCCAAGCGACGCUUGAUUGUGGCACUUAUCGACCGCAGUGAUCCACAGGGUCAAAUGGUAGAAACUAGGUGGAAAAUAGUGGAAAUGAAGCUAUUAGAUGCUAUGUUCGCCAAAAUGAGCGCGGAACCAGAAGCUCCAAUGCCAUCAUUUGACAGGGCCGGCUGGUUCAACGGAGUGAAAUUACUGAAGUGUAAAGACGACUCUACCCUGAACUGGUUAAGGGAGGCAGUUAAAACGCUCCAAGGCCUAUGGGAAGGGGCAUCUUUGGAGGUAGUGGACAGGAAAAAUAUCCCGUCUUUGCCCAAAGCGAAGGUUCUUAUACCUCGAGUGGUGAAGCCAGAGGAUGCUCUUCGUCUCUUACAACGACAGAAUCCGGAUGUGCCAACAAGCGAUUGGAAGGUGUUAAAGGUCCUCAAGCCAGCUAAAGAAGGCAAGGGACAAAACUACAUCCUAUUAAUCAACAAAAUGGCCGAGGACAUUCUGUAUUCACGAUACGGGAAGAUGUCGUGGGGAGUAGGGAGCGUGUACCUUCGCCUCAAAAAACGACACCCAACCGAUAGGAAUUCUAAUACACUCGCUGCGGAGGAAAUCGAGGAGGAUCUCGGUAUUGAAGAAAUCCUAAGCUCGUCCCUCAAUCUUCGCGAAGGAGAGGAACCGGGUGUGAUGAGUGGUGAAACCAACCCCGGGGAAGAAUCGGAAGCUCAUGCUAAAGAUUCUACAAAUAAACCUCCAUCGAAGUAAAAUUGCCUCAGCUGAGCUCCUCCUUAAUCUAGAAGAGGGCGGCUACGAUGUGGCUUUAAUUCAGGAACCAUGGUUGGCCUCGGGCAACCUGGUCUCUGGGUUAAACUCACGAAAUUAUAACACAUUCAUUCCACAUGGGGUAACAAGGGUAAGAACUGUUAUACUAGUAAAGAAAGGUAUUAAUUCUUAUAUUGUUAACUCUCUCUCUACAGAAGAUCUAACGGUAGUGGUGGUUGACGGCGAUAGGAACAUACUUCUCGCGUCUUGCUACAUGCCACAUGAGGAAGAAAUACCAUCAGAAGAACUCCAAAGGCUGGUAGAUUUAGCUGGCGAAGGAGAGCAAAGUCUGAUAAUUGGUACUGACGCCAACGCACAUCAUACGCUUUGGGGAAGCACUGACAUCAAUGACAGAGAUUGUUUAAGGUGCAACAGCAGUAUCUGACUGAUGACUUUUCCACUUGUCUGCUGAGCUAGUUUGAAUAUAAACCAUAGCAC